AAAAAAAGGGAAACUAAUUGGUUUUGGAAUCUAACAAAGAGAGAAAGAAAGCAAGCUCUUUCUACAAAUGAAGUCCUUCGUCCUUCGACAAAGGACUUCGAGCUAGACGAUCUUGAGAGAGCUCAGACACACACACACACACACACAGAGGGGUAAGGUGACGUGAUUUUCUACAUAGACUGUGUUACAAGGUAAGUCGCCGGAAUUUUAAGUGGAAUUAGGUGCGAUCUUGACGGUAAAGUGUUGACAGUCACCGGAAUAGCAUUGAACUUCGAGUUCGGCAUUUGAAGCUUAAAAAAAGAAAAAAAAAGAAGCAAAGAUGGUGAAUUCUAUGGUUGAACGGGCCACAAGCGACAUGUUGAUCGGGCCUGACUGGGCUAUGAACAUCGAGAUCUGUGAUAUGUGCAAUAACGACCCUGCACAAGCAAAGGAUGUUGUUAAAGGUAUAAAGAAGCGCAUUGGAAGUAAGAAUUCAAAAGUUCAACUUCUUGCACUAACACUAUUGGAGACCAUUGUAAAGAAUUGUGGGGACAUUGUCCAUAUGCACGUUGCAGAAAAAGAUAUUCUGCAUGAGAUGGUGAAGAUAGUGAAGAAAAAGCCUGACUUUCAUGUCAAAGAGAAGAUACUGAUUCUAAUAGACACCUGGCAAGAAGCUUUUGGCUCAGCGAGGGCAAGAUAUCCACAAUAUUAUGCUGCGUAUCAAGAGUUGUUGCGCGCUGGGGCUGUGUUCCCUCAGAGAUCUGAGAGGUCUGCACCUGUAUUUACACCUCCACAAACACAACCUUUGACAUCUUAUCCUCAAAGUCUGCAGAAUAAUGGGCAUCGGCUAGAGGCAGCGGAGUCUUCUGCAGAGUCUGAGUUCCCAACACUGAGCUUGACAGAAAUUCAGAAUGCACGGGGUAUCAUGGAUGUCCUUGCAGAGAUGUUAAGUGCAUUGGAUCCAGGAAACAUAGAGGGACUUAGGCAGGAGGUUAUUAUUGACCUGGUGGAGCAGUGCCGUGCAUACAAGCAAAGAGUAGUACAUCUUGUUAAUUCAACUGUGGACGAAUCAUUGUUAUGCCAAGGGCUCGCCUUAAAUGAUGAUUUGCAGCGUGUGCUAGCCAAGCAUGAAGCCAUUGCUUCAGGAACUCCUGCUCCUGCUCCUGCUGCACCUGAGAAACCAAAGCCUGAAUCUGGUGGGGCACUUGUGGACGUUGAUAGUGGAGGCAACCACAAACAACCUGUUGAGGGAUCUACUUCAGCCACUGGCAUAAUGAAUCAAUUGUUGCUCCCUGCACCCACUGCAACUAAUGGUCCAGCUACCCCAGCUGCUGCCAAUUCCAAAAUGGACUUGUUGAGUGGGGAUGACUUUAGCUCGCCAAAGAAUGAUAAUUCACUGGCUCUCGUUCCUGUGGGAGACGCACAGCCAGCUACGUCUCCAUCUAAGCAGAAUGCACUUGCUCUUAUUGACAUGUUUUCUGACAAUAGCAGCCCCCGAAAUGCUGUCAAUGUGCAGCCUGCGCAUUUGGCUGGAUUAACAAAUUCUUCGCCGCCACAAAUCCAACAGCAACACAAUUUUCAUCCUCCAGAAGCUGGAAUAUACUCAAAUGGAAGUGCCCCAAAUAUGGGAUCACCGCAGUAUGAGCAUUCACCUUACAUGCAAGCCGCUAGUCCUGCCUGGAAUGGACUGGUUCCACAGCAGCAGCCAUCCUUACCAGUUUUUGGUGCUCAAGGCAGUGGCUCACUGCCUCCACCUCCAUGGGAAGCUCAACCGGUAGAUGGCAGCCCUGUGGCAGGGACUCAAUACCCUCAACCUAUGCAAGUAACUCAGGUGGUUGCAGCGCACAUGCAACCAGCGGUAACUGGCAUGCUGCCUCAGGGACUGCAACCUUCAGGGAAUGACCAUCUAAUGGGUAUGUACAUUCAGCCCAUCACAACUGGCCAAUUGUCGGCAUUUAAUAAUCCAGCUAUGCAGAGCAAUCAGUUAGGUUUGCAUCCUCAAGCAGUCCAGGGAGGGAUGUAUAUGGGUAUGCUCCCACAGCCAAUGCAAACUGGGCAAAUAGCUUCUAUGUAUCCUCAACCUAUUUAUGGCAGCCAAAUGGCGGGAUAUGGGUAUGCUCCACAACAAGGAACACAAUAUCUUGAGCAGCAAAUGUAUGGAAUGACUAUUAGAGAUGAUAGCAGUUUCAGAAACUCGUCUUACCAGGUUUCCAAUUCAUCUUACAUGCCAUUGAAGAAGCCUUCCAAGCCAGAAGACAAGCUGUUCGGAGACCUGGUUGACAUUGCAAAACUCAAGACGACAAAAUCUACUCCUGGAAGAGCUGGUAGCAUGUGACAUCAUGACUGAUUUCUUUUUUGCUUCUUCUGUUUGAAUUCUUUUUUCUUCAAAUUUUAAUAUAUAUAUAUAUAUAUAUACACAAUUGCUCUCAUAUUUGUGGUUUCUGUUCUGCAACCAUGUAUAUUCCUUGUAGAGAAGAAAACAAAAAUGUGAGAUUCAAAAUUAGGUUGAAUUUGAUACUUGAUUCAUUCCACCAAAAAGACAUCUUUGUUGAAAUUUUAUUAGUUUUGGUUUAUAUGUAAACCGAAUAGUUAACUUAUUCUAUUCUCUAGCUUAGUACA